CUCGACGGCACGGAAAAACGUGACCUCGGUCGGACCAGAUUUAGAACGUGAGCGUGAAAACGGGGGCCCCGCGAUCCGCGAUCGCGAGAUCAUUAAAAUAUGACCAUUAGUUCGAAAUAGCGAGCGCCGCGACGGCAUUGUAAACUUCCCGCGUCCACCCGUCACUAGUUUAUUUUUACCGCGAAAAAAAAUAUAAAAAAGGACGUGCGUCGUUUCGCAACCGUCUUUUUUUAAUCUAGAACGACCAAAAAAAUUUUCCGUGAGUAGAUAUGAGCAAAGGUAGUGAAAUGCCUCCCCCUUACGGACCUCCACCCGCCGCACCACCCAGUUAUGCCCAAGCUGUCGGAGGAGUACCGCCUUCAGCACCAUAUAUUCCCACUUACCACAUAAGAAAAGAACCGGAAAUUUUGACCACAAUAGUUCCGGUAGUGGGGCCCAAUUCAACCCACAUGGUUUGCCCCCAUUGUGGUGCAGAAAUUGACACCAGCACAAAACAAAAGCCUGGACGAAAAGCUUACAUUGCCAGUGCCAUAUUGUGUUGUAUUGGGUGUUUUUGUUUUUGCUGUUUGAUACCUUUCUGUAUGGAACAAUGUAUGGACGUGAGCCACACCUGCCCCAACUGUGACGCGUACCUCGGAACGUAUAAGAAAUAAUUGUUUUCCCAACAUUUAAUAAAAAUUUUGCAUUUUCUUUGUUUACACGACAUUGCUAAACGUAGGUAUUAAUAACCUUUAAGCCGGCCAUCAAAUUAUAUACUUUUAUGCAAUAUUUUAUUAGACGACAAAAACUGGUUUGCACGUCCGUAUAUGUUUGGUAAUAUUUUGUACUGAAAGUGAAAAAUGGAUUACAUUAUAGACGUGCCACACAUGUUUAUAAAAUAACGUAAUUUUACACUUAAAUUGAGAACUGGAAUGACGUUAUGCUAAAAGAAUUUCUAUUAUUUUUAUAAAUAUUUGCGAAUCUAGAAUUUUGCUUUAAAAUCUUCAUUAUAAAGGUUAUAUAAUUGUUAUAAAUAUUAACAUAUUAUGGUGUUAAAGUUGUGCUAAAUGCCUUAGGCCUAUAGGAUAUUAUAGUGAUAGAAACCACACCAAAAUGAGCUUAAAUGUCACUUGUAACAAAAUUCUAAAUUUGUAUUUUUAAUAAGACUUGUGUAUUCGUAUUUUUGUGUAUAUAAUGUAUAAUGAUUGUUAAUACUCUUUGAUAUAUACAGUAGGAUGGAGCGAAAACUGGACCAAAAUAACUAAUUUUCGAAAACGAAUAUGCCUGGGUGUGCAAAAUAUGCCUUUCGGGGUUCUUAUUUACCCAAAAAAAUCCGAAUGACUUAUGACGAUUCCAUCGGCUGCCGAAAUGACCUUGAAAAUUUUAAAAUUAAAAAAAUUUUUAAAACUGCAAAAAAAGCCAAACAUGCAGCUCUCAGCUAGUUUUUCAUGAAAAACUACCCAGAACUCACCACGUGGAUGAAUGGUGCAACGUGGAGGUGGCUGCAUCUCGAGUUCCAACCUACCCUCCCACCCUUAGAAUAAUUUUUUUAAAUUUUUUCUGCUCUAGAACUGCUAAGAAUUGUUUUUUAAUAUCAAAUUGCGGCAAUAUUUGUCUUGAUUCAAUACGAGCUCUAAUAAAUCCGUCUCGUGCCUCAGGGCCAUAAACCGCCAUAGAGGCUUCAGUAACUAACUUAACUGCUCGUUCAACUGCCUGUGAAUGACAAGGGAAUUUUAAUAACCCUAUUUCAUCAGGAACCAAAGAAAUCAUGUUAGUUAGUUCUUUGUUCGAAAUUUCCAUUGUUAAUGGGGGCUCGCUUAUAACAACAUUUUGCCAGUCAAUUAAGUCGACAUAAUCUUGACAAUCAAAAUUCAAUUUAUUCACGCGAAAUAUUCUAACAUCCUCGGUUUUUGCGGUUGAUCUGCAUUUUAAAAUCCUUCUUAAAGCUGACUCUCGAAUAUGUUUUCUAUCAUCUCCUAACAUGGCUAAUAAAAUAUUUUCUGGGUGCGCAAAAAAUCCAUUUCUCUCAAUUACGGGAUCAAUACCUUUUUUUAUUUCUUCAGGGAGGUAACGAGAUUUAUUUAUAAUGCUAAACAAGUGCCUAGCACCAUCCUUACAAGACCAAUGGCAUUUAAUUUGAAACCAGCAUACGGCAUACAGUUUUACUAUUACCUCUGUUAACAUUUUAAGGUUUUGAGAGGGCUCAUUGGUAGCAACGUAUAACCUUAGAACUCUAUUGGCCGUGGUAAGCCAUCUAGAGUGUGACAUUUUCCCUGGCGCUUUUAGAGCCCAAUCGUCUUUUAAAACUCCAGUAGAGAUUCCUUGACACAUCUCGUAUAAAUAAUUUGCAUCGGUACUUACGGUUUCUAGAUCAACUAAUGGUAAAAUUGUUUCAAUUUUCUCAAUCGUACGACUGGUAAAUUUCACACGAUUCAAGGGUCUUCCCAAUGGCUCCCUCUGAUAAUUAAAGAUAGAUGGGAUUCUAUCUUUAAUUAUCGAAAUUUUCAGCAGCUGAAAUGAAAAUUUCUGGCAGCCGAAGAUAUUGUUUUUGGACGUUUAGUUUUUUUUGGCUCACUUGAGAGUACAAUAGGCACCUUUUAAACAUACAGGGUGGUUAAAUUUUAAGAAAUAAAAAAUUCGCUAAAUUAAUAAAAAACAUAAUAAUUUCCGAAAUUUUAAGGCACAUUCGGCAGCCGAAGAAGUUGUUUUCUGAUGUUCAGUUUUUUUGGCUUACUAACGACUACAAUAGGCACCUAUUAAGCAUACAGGGUAAUUAAAAUUCCAGAAAUCGAAAAUUCGCUCCACCCUAAAUACAGGUUGUAAUACAUGCUCUACAAAAGUCCUUUUAUCUGUGUCUAAUACAUAAUUAUAAGUCAGUUUGAGUCUGCCUUUCCCUGACACAUUAUCGUAACCAGGCAUAUAUGUAAAUUUGUAACACUCUGUAUAUGAAACAUAGAGGUAAUAUCCAAAGCUUUUAUAACAUUUUUAUUAAAUACAUUGUUAAUUAUUUUAGGUUAUAUUUUACUGUUACUAAUUUUGUUAUUAAUAAAUUACUGAUGAAUGUUCCA